CAUCAUUUGACUGCUCUACAGGUAACUUUUUUAUAUUAGCUCCUUCUAGUCUUACAUCCCACGUCGAUUUUCCCCUGGCUGUCUUCUAUCCGAGUCCGACACCGACUCUGAGUUGCCACUCAAGAUAUAAAGUGUUUACGACACCUACCGAUACAACCUACCUAUUGCAACUCGGACCAAGAAAAUGCCGCAAGGUGAAAACGUUCUUGAGCAGGAGGACGCUUCCAUUCUCGAAGUGUCCACCUUGUCUACCCCAGAAGAGCCGGUUGAGGACCUCGAUCCCAAUAGUAAGGCCGGGAAAAAAGCCGCAAAGAAGGCUGGAAAGCAUGAGAGGUUUCUCGCAAAGCAAGCACGCAAGGCCUGGAACGCACAGAGCGGAGAACCUGGUGUGUAUUUUGCGGAAGUCAGAGAAUGGCUUGAGAAGCAUACAGAGGACAUUGAACUUGUGAUGGACGUCGUCUGCGUCUCCGAAAUUUCCGACACAGCUUUGGAGAUGUUCAGGGACCUACGACAAAGAGAUAACAACUACGUUACCCGCGAUGAAGAGACAGAUAAACUGGUCUUUGCGGAAGGUGGAAGUACGAUUGGACAAGUGCUGAGAUGUUCCGGUGAAGAUGUUGUGGAGCAUGCUGAAGAACAAUCUAGCGAGAAGCAUGAACCAUCAAGCAGCUCGUCACCUGGAACUGCAUCUAUACCACAGCAAAAGCCUCCUACUGUGACGGACAUUCUCUUGAAGCGUUCUCAGUUUUUACAAUAUGCGGACAAAAUAGUGGCGAAAGCUAAGGAUCAAGGCAGCCCGAUCCGCGUUGUGGUUGGCACACCGGACGUGCUGAAGCAAAUCUUGGAGUGCAAAACACUGGGUCCAUGCACUGUACUAGCCGUAUCGAAGAAGCCAGAGAAUGUACCGUUUUACAACUUACAAGAAGAACGACCUAGAAGUACAAAUCCUACAACCUCGGCCUCCACCACGUCCACGUCCACGUCCACCACAAUGACUUCUCCUACUUUUGCUCCCCGCAAACUGCUGAUUCUCGAUGGCUUAACUAAUUCCGAAAAUGUGGGUUCCCUCAUUCGCACCGCCAGCUGUUUCGGUGUGGAAGGCGUAGUAUUGUCGAAGCAUUGUUGCACAUGUUGGUCUCGAAGAGCCGUUCGUGUGUCUAUGGGACACUGCUUUCGUAUUCCGAUUUACAUCGAGACAGACGAAUAUCCCUUGGAAAUGAUCUUGGAGAAGUUCAAAAAUAUCAACGGGGAUGAUGAAAAGAAGAACAACAUUUUCGCGGCAGUGGUUCAACGACAUACGCAGUACCUGCAUCGCGUUUCGAGGGAACAGAUCUCAUCCACAUCGUUAGCUGCUGAUGCAAAUUCUCGUUGUACUUCUGCUACUUCGCCUGGAGGAAAUGCAAUUUCAACGUCGGCGUCAAAUUCCAAUAGAACUUACGCUUUAGUAAUGGGUGCUGAGCAGGAUGGCGUGACGGAACGUGUGCGGGCUCUGUGCGAUGAACAACUGAUGAUCAAGAUGUGCCCUGGUGUUGACUCCUUCAAUGUCGGAGUAGCUGCAAGUAUCAUCAUGCACCACUUUGAGACUGUUGGGUUGGAAGAUGAUGAAGAGUCCUAAACAAACAGCGAGGCUGAGCCCUGUAUUUGUAAAAGUUUAACUUCAUUAAUUUUAAUCUUAUGAGCUGGCCAAUAUUAUUCGUGUGUUCAUCGAUGCGUUGUGUUGCUUUUUUCACCGACGGACUACGAUGUAUCUAACAUCGAUGCGUUGUGUUGCUUUUUUCACCGACGGACUACGAUGUAUCGACAACCUCAAUGUACCUGGGAUUGCUAAUCCCAGAUCCGACAAAAUU